CUCCAAUCUCCUCCUGCCUCCCUUCAGCUAGUGGGCUUCUGUGCCUUCCCCACUCGUCCCCAGCGGUCUCUUUCGUCUGCACCGGGAUCCCCGCUCUAUGCUCCUAGUUACUUCCCGAUUUCAGAAGUCUAUAUCGAAUCAAAGUUUUGGCAGAUUGAACGAGCAAGCAUGGCCGAACCAGCAGCAGCUCCCGUGAGGUCUUUCGCACAAGCAGCUGCGACAGAGGAGGUCGCACAGCCACUGCGACAUGUGCAGAUCGACGGCCUCGUCGCGAUGAAGAUCGACAAGCACUGUAGCGACUGGGCUCCUCAGCUUGUAACGGGUCUGCUGCUCGGUCUCGAUAUUGGCAGCACUCUCGAAGUCACCAAUUGUUUUCCGUUCCCCAGUCGGGGCGGCGAGGAGGAGGAGGAGGAGGAGGCGGACGGAGCCAUGUAUCAGCUGGAGAUGAUGCGCUGCCUGCGCGAGGUCAACGUCGACAACAACACCGUCGGCUGGUACCAGUCCACCACGCUCGGCUCCUUCCAGACGGCGGAUCUGAUCGAGACCUUUGCGAGCUACCGCGAGAACAUCAAGCGCUGCGUGUGCCUCGUGUACGACGCCGACAGGGCCGCCGCCCGGGGCACCGUGGCGCUCAAAGCGCUCACGCUCAAGGCGCCGUUCCUGGAGAUGUUCAAAGCGGGCACGCUCACGGGGGAGAAGCUGCGGGAGAGCGACACGUCGUGGGCGAGCAUAUUCGAGGAGAUCCCGGUGAAGAUGGCCAACUCGACCCUGGUGUCAGCCAUCAUGGCGUCCGUGCACCCCCCUGCGGCUGACGCCGUUCCUUCCCGCACCGACUUUGAGCGUCUGCUGCUGGGCACCAACCCAUUCCUGGAGACCAACCUGCAGUGCCUGUCGGACUGCAUGGACGAUCUCAGCGCGGAGCAGCAGAGGUUCCAGUACCACUACCGCAGCGUGCAGCGCCAGCAGCAGCAGCAGCUAGCAUGGGUGCAAAAGAGAAGAUCUGACAACGCACUGCGCAGGGCGGCAGGGGAGGAACCGCUGCCCGAGGAGGACCCCACCAACCCCAUCUUCAAGCCCAUCCCUGAGCCCUCUCGCAUCGACAUGCUGCUCACCACCAACCAGAUCGCCAACUACUGCUCUCAGAUCAACGAGUUUAGCGGCCCGGCUUUAAGCAAGCUCUACCUCAUGGAUGCUCUGAACGGAGCGUCUUGAGUGCUGCUUUAUCAAAACUGUCUACUUAAGCCCCUGAAUAAAUAUUCACCCUGUAUGAAGUGUUUUUGCCCAAGUGUGAUUUUGUAAGUCCGGCAAAUAUAGUUGACUGCUUGCUUUUCGGCACUGCAGGAAAACCGUUUGUGAAGCGCUUUGCUUGCUAACGCGGAAAUUACCAGA